AUGAAGGUGAGAUCAUCUGUGAAGAAGAUGUGUGAGUUUUGUAAGACGGUGAAACGCCGUGGACGUGUCUAUGUUAUAUGUUCUUCCAAUCCUAAGCACAAGCAAAGGCAAGGAUACAGCUCCUUUGCUUAUGAAGGAAUAAGCCCCGCUCCGUUGUUUUCUGAGCCAGUUGGUACUCAGGAGGUAGCGAGGCUACCUGGUCAGGGCGUAUCAGCCGGUCUGGCAUCGCUUCUACACCAAAGACCUCAGCCAGCAGCGGUUUUCGGAUGGAGGGCGGGUCUAGCUUCCAUUCUCUUCAAACAAGGCAAUUAG